AUGCAGGAUCUGGUCCGUGCCUUCCCUCGGCCGAGACACACUCGGGUCAUGAAGCCUCGUAGUGCUGGCAACAGUCCUUCAGCAAUGAACAGACGGCGGUCGACCGUCAACCAGAAUAUGAUGCAUGGCAUGCCUACUCAAUAUCAGACCUCCUUGGAAGAAGCCCUCCUUGCCUCCGCGGUCCGGAAAUCUCGCCCGAUCAGUUGGCACCCAUCAUCGGCAAGAACUCGGGGCCUUUCAAACCCGCAAUGUAUGCCCGAUUACAUCUCGGACAACUAUGCCGGCAUCGGUCCUCUCCCUGAUCAGUACUUGAACUCAGCAGUCUAUGGGGGCGAAGAUUUCAUGUCAUAUCCCAUGACGGCGGAUCCAUCCUUCUCGCCAAACAGCUACUUCCCCGUCUAUUCGGACAUGCCAGAGGAGUUGCCACUCCCGCAACAACCCACGACGCUCUCAAUGACUGGCUCGCAGGUCGAGCCGAUGCCGUGGGACGUUACCGCCAUGUCAACCGAUUUUUCAGCCAUGUCGCAGCCGGCUUCCGACAAUUGGACCUUGGAUAUGCUCUCCAUGGGAACCAACAUUCCCCCACCGGAGACAACCUGCCCAAGCUAUGUCAGCGUCCCAUCUCCCGGUGAAUUGAGCGGACCAUCAACACCCGACUUUCUCCCGAUUCAACAUUUCGAAGAUCCAAUUCAGCCGAUCGCCAUGCCAAAGAAGGCCGGCAAGCCCGAGGAAGAACUGGUCGGUAUGGGUCUCUACAACCAGCCCAACGGAACAUUAGCCCGGGCCCCACAAUCAAAGUCGGGCAAGGGUCUCAAGCUCGAAGAAACAUUCACGCCUUCCGACGAAGACAAGGAUGACGAGGCGGACGCAGAGGCCGAGAGCGUCGGGCAGCAAUCGCCCCAGCAACCAGUUGUCUCGGAUGAACCUACCCCGGUCCACCAGUCGACUUUCAUCCCCAAGCAGCAGCCCAAGCAAGCUCUGAACCUGGUGCAUCGGUCUUUCUUCUUCGAACACGAUGACGCUGAUCAGCAUUCCAUGACUGCUCAGCCAUUCGCCGCCUUGAACCAACCCUGCAUGAGCUACGGCUACGGGUGGAUCUAA